UCCGAGAGAGAUAGAGAGACAGAGUCACAGAGAAGAGAUUUGAAAUGCCGAAGAUAACUUUAGGAAACGAAUCACUUGUUGGGUCUUUGAUUCCAUCCAACAAGAAAUCUUACAAACUGACCAACAGGAUUCAAGAAGGGAAGACACCCUUGUACUCUGUCGCUUUCAACUUCAUCGAUGCUCGUUUCUUCACUUGUUUCGUCUCCGCUGGUGGAAAUGGGAUUAAUCUGUACAAUUGUCUUGAAGAUGGAAGCAUAUCUUUAUUGUCCGCCUUCACUGAUGAAGAUAAGGAGGAGUCAUUUAACACUGUAAGCUGGGCGUGUGGCGUUAAAGGGAACCUAUUUGUUGUGGCUGGAGGAGAGAAAGGCAUAAUCCGAGUCAUUGACGUAAACAAUGAAAAGAUUCAUAAGAGCCUUGUGGGCCACGGAGAUUUAGUAAACGAAAUCAGGACACAACCUCUGAAACCUCAACUUGUGCUUUCUGCUAGCAAGGAUGAAUCUGUUCGAUUGUGGAAUGUUGAAACUGGGAUUUGUAUUCUGAUAUUUGCUGGAAGUGGAGGUCAUCGAAACGAAGUUAUAAGUGUGGAUUUUCAUCCCUCUGAUAUGCACCGUUUUGUUAGUUGUGGUAUGGACACCACUAUCAAGAUAUGGUCAAUGAAAGAGUUUUGGACAUAUGUCGACGAGUCAUUCACAUGGAAGGAUGAUCCAUCAAAGUUCCCAACAAAAUUUGUACAAUUCCCUAUAUUUACAGCUUCGGUUCAUACAGAUUUUGUUGAUUGUAACCGUUGGUUGGGUGAUUGUAUUCUUUCGAAGAGUGAUGAGAUCCUGUUGUGGGAACCACAAAUUAAAGAGAAUUCUCCGGAAGAGGGUACUUCAGAUGUUCUACUUAGAUACCCUAUUCCAAAUUGUGAUCACUGGUUUAUCAAGUUUUCUUGCGACCUCUUUCUCAAUUAUCUUUCAAUAGGGAAUCAGGAAGGCAAGAUUUAUGUCUGGGAUUUAAAGAGUUGCCCUCCUGUUUUGAUUACAGUGUUAGCACACGAUAAAUCAAAGUCUGUGAUCAGGCAAACAGCUAUGUCCACUGAUGGAAACACAAUUCUUGCUGCCUCCGAGGACGGGACUAUAUGGCGUUGGGACGCUAUUAACAAGGAGCAAGCUGAUUCGGUAGAGGCUCAGCGCCCACCUUUGAAGGAGAAAGGGAAGGCCAAACUAAAGUAAUAGAGUGAAGAUGUUCUAGAAGAAGAUGUGCUGGCUACCUUCUAGAAGUACAUAAGGAAUAAGGAAUAAUGAUAAGAGGCAGGUCAGAGGAUCUGGGAUAACUGUCAGCUGGUGCUGUGAGUAUUUAAUUAGUCUAUAGCAAAAGUCUAGGGGAAAGAUAUAAAUGAUUUGAUCAAGUGGUUGUAAAGAGACAAGAGUCUCUCGUGUGGAAGGCUUUCUUUGUAAUCCUUGUUUCGAAUCAAUAGAAGCAUUAUCAUCUCUUAAA